AUGCAUCAAUAUUCAAGUGUUGAUGUUACUGCCCUGGAUGAUCAACAAGUAAAAAGUGAAAAAGUAACCGUCAAUCUGUUAUUAGUAAAAGAAAAUGCUGAACAAAAAAAAUAUGCUUUAACAGUAAAAGAUGGUACAUCCACUAUAAUAACAAUUAAUUUGGACGAAUCACUUGAAAAUGUUCGCUCUGGUUUGACGGGUACUAUUAUUAGUUUACCAAAACAAAAACAUCUUUCAUAUUUAUUAAAAUUUUCAAAUCAAGGAGAUGUAACAAGUUUCAAUAAACUUCUAUUAUCUAUUAAAUUGGGUAAAAAUAUUGAAGAGAAUGUAUCAUGUCAAUUCGAUGAACGUACAGAAGAAUCAUCAGCAGUACAAUAUUUUCAAUUUUACGGUUAUUUAUCACAACAACAGAAUAUGAUGCAAGAUUAUAUACGUACAUCAACUUAUCAACGAGCUAUUCUUGACAAUUCCAUUGAUUUUGCGGGCAAAGUUGUACUUGAUGUUGGUGCAGGUUCAGGUAUUCUAUCUUUUUUUGCUGCUCAAGCAGGCGCAAGAAAAGUUUAUGCUGUUGAAGCAAGUUCUAUGGCUCAGCAUGCCAAAACUCUUGCUGAGAAUAAUCAUCUAGGUCACUGCAUACAAGUAAUUGCGGGUAAAAUAGAAGAGGUAACAUUGCCUGAAAAAGUUGAUGUUAUUAUAUCAGAACCAAUGGGUUAUAUGUUAUAUAAUGAACGAAUGUUAGAAACAUAUUUGCAUGCAAAAAAAUGGCUUAAACCAAAUGGUAAAAUGUAUCCAACAACAGGUGAUCUUUAUGUAACACCAUUUACUGACGAAGCUUUGUAUAUGGAACAAGUUGGUAAAGCUAAUUUUUGGUAUCAACAAUCAUUUUAUGGUGUUGACUUAACUACAUUACGAGAUUCAGCAUUAGAUGAAUAUUUUAAGCAGCCAAUUGUUGAUAACUUUGAUAUUCGAAUAUGUUUAGCACGACCCAUUAAAUACACAGUAAAUUUUUUAACAGCACACGAAGAAGAUUUACAUGAAAUAAAUAUUCCAUUAUCAUUUCAAAUGACAACAGCAGCUGUGGUACAUGGUUUAGCAUUUUGGUUUGAUGUUUCAUUUAAUGGAACAAGUUCACAAGUAUGGUUAUCAACUGCACCUACGCAACCUUUAACACAUUGGUAUCAAGUUCGAUGUUUAUUUAUGAAGCCACUUACAGUUAAUCUAGGAACAACUAUUAAAGGUCAUGCUAUAUUAAAUUCAAAUCGAAAACAAAGUUAUGAUGUUGAAAUAUUUCUUCAAAUUGAUGGAACAACAAUAUCAGUUAAAAAUAUACUUGAUCUUAAAAAUCCAUAUUUCAGAUAUCCAAAUCAACCGAUGCAAGUACCACCUGGACAAUAUCAUGAAUCACCAACAGAGCAAUAUUUUAAUGGAUUACAAAAUGAACAAAUGGCUAUGAAUAGUGGAACAAUUCAUUCAAAUACAAAUAUGUUUAGUCAAAAUUGCAAUGUGAAUAAUAAUAAUAAUAUGAACUCAAGUGGCGAUUACGAUGGAAAUUCAUUGAACAAUAUUGUUACAACUUUUCCAAGAGAUAAUACUCAUCAUUUUACGUUGCCAUGUGCAUCUUCUAAUCAUUCCGAUAAAUCAACUGCAUUUUCUUCGACAACUACUCAAAUGACAAAUGGAUUCGUUUCAUUCGCUAAUACAACAGAUGGAAAUCAUUUUACGCAGCAAUCUAGUACCAAAACAUAA